AUGAACGUCCAACGUGUGCUGAAGGUACCGGGCCGGUUCCGCCUGAUUAAGCUCGCUGUGCUAGGGCGGCAGGCUGACGUCGGGGACGCGGGCCUGGACCGAGAGCGGCUGUGCGGCCAGGCCCCUCAGUGCGUGCUGGCCUUCGACGUGGUCAGCUUCUCCCAGGAGCAGUUCCGACUGGUGCACGUGGAGGUGGAGGUGAGGGACAUCAAUGACCAUGCGCCGCGCUUCCCCCGGGCCCAGAUUCCAGUGGAGGUGUCCGAGGGCGCGGCGGUGGGCACGCGCAUCCCCCUGGAGGUGCCCGUGGACGAGGACGUGGGCGCCAACGGGCUGCAAAGCGUGCGCCUGGCCGAGCCCCACAGCCCCUUCCGCGUGGAGCUGCAGACGCGCGCGGACGGUGCCCAGUGCGCCGACUUGGUGCUGCUGCAGGAGCUGGACCGCGAGAGCCAGGCCACCUACAGCCUGGGGCUGGUGGCCCAGGACGGCGGCCGUCCGCCGCGCUCCGCCACGGCCGCCCUCAGCGUGCGCGUGCUGGACGCCAACGACCACAGCCCGGCCUUCCCGCAGGGCGCCGUGGCCGAGGUGGAGCUGGCGGAGGACGCGCCCGUGGGCUCGCUCCUGCUAGACCUGGACGCGGCGGACCCCGACGAGGGCCCCAACGGCGACGUGGUGUUCGCCUUCGGGGCCCGCACCCCGCCCGAGGCGCGCCGCCUCUUCCGCCUGGACCCGCGCUCCGGCCGCCUCACCCUGGCGGGGCCCGUGGACUACGAGCGCCAGGACACUUACGAACUGGACGUGCGGGCGCAGGACCGCGGCCCCGGGCCCCGCGCCGCCACCUGCAAGGUCAUCGUGCGCCUCCGCGACGUCAAUGACAACGCUCCGGACAUCUCCAUCACCCCGCUGGCCGCCCCAGGCGCGCCUGCUGCCUCGCCCUUCGCCGCCGCCGCCGCCGCUCUUGGCGGGGCGGAGGCGACCUCGUCGACCGGGCCUGGGACGCCGGAGGCGAGCGCCGUCUCGCUGGUGCCGGAGGGGGCGGCGCGCGAGAGCCUGGUGGCGCUGGUCAGCACCUCGGACAGGGACUCGGGCGCCAACGGGCAGGUGCGCUGCGCCCUCUACGGGCACGAGCACUUCCGGCUGCAGCCGGCCUACGCGGGCAGCUACCUGGUGGUGACCGCGGCGUCCCUGGACCGCGAGCGCAUCUCCGAGUACAACCUGACGCUGGUGGCCGAGGACCGCGGCGCGCCCCCGCUGCGCACCGUGCGGCCCUACACGGUGCGCGUGGGGGACGAGAACGACAACGCGCCGCUCUUCACGCGGCCGGUCUAUGAGGUGUCAGUGCGCGAGAACAACCCGCCCGGGGCCUACUUGGCCACGGGGGACCCCGUCACGGGGCGGCUGAGCGCACGACGGAGUUUUAACCUCGAGGAACUGGCCAGCCUGCAGCUAGGGCUGGAGGCGCUGGACGGCGGCUCGCCGCCGCUGCGAGGCCGGGCCACCGCGGGGCUGCAGAUGCAGGGCCAGGACGAGCGCGCGCCCUGGCUGGUGACCCCGCGACUCGUCGAUGGCUCAGCCCUGCUGCCUCUGCCCUAG